AUGAUUGAGGCUAAAUCAGUCUCCAACGAGGAACAACAGGAGGAAUUGGAAGAUGUGAGUAUUGUCCCACCAAGUGAUACUACAUCUGAAGUUGUUUCUGUUGAAUUUACUAGUGGUCUACAGUCUAAUUCCAGUGAAAGUAAGCACAACCUGAUUGAGGUAGGCAAGCUAGAGCUUGAGCAGGAACAAAUGCAUUUGCACUCAUUAAAUUUACCCGCAGUAGAUAACCCUGAAGUUAUAAUUAAAGAUUUUGUACUUUGCUAUGAUGUUAAUAGUGCUGAAACAUUAGAUGCAAAGAACUUGGAGUUGAAAAAGCAGGUUAAAAGUGUUGAAUCUGAGAACAUGGCUCUUAGAGCGGUGGCCUCUCGAGCUGCAAAGCUGGAAACUGAGGUGGCACCCUUGCAGCAUAACUUGGUAACUGCGAUGAGUGAUUUGCGAGAAUCCAAUGUCGAGUUGUCAAAGGUGAAAAAAGAUUUGGGGUUGAAAGGAAAGGAAAAGGAGAAGGAUGUUAAGCUGACAGCAAUUGAUAAGGAAAAUGAUUUGUUGGUGGUGAGUUGUUGGUGGUGA